CGGGGAAGGUGGUGGCCCAGCAGCCAUUUUGCGGAGGCGGGGCUCCUCCUGCCGGGCGGGACCGCCUCCCGCCACGCCGGGCGCCGCCAUGGCGGACUGGGGGCGAGGACAGAAUGCGGUUGCCAUGGAGGAUAUGCUGGACGUGGAAAACAAGCGCAUGGCAGAGAGCCUGGCCAGCAAAGUCACCAGGCUGAAGUCGCUGGCUCUGGAUAUUGAUAAAGAUGCAGAUGAACAAAACCGAUACCUGGAUGGCAUGGAUUCAGAUUUUAUGAGUGUGACAGGCCUGCUGACUGGCAGUGUGAAGCGUUUCACCACCAUGACACGGUCCGGGAGGGAGAACCGCAAGUUACUCUGCUUUGUUUCUAUAGGACUGAUUGUUGUUUUCUUCAUCCUCUACUAUCUUGUGUCCAAAAUGGGGACUUGAUCUUGGUUCUUGUGCAGCAGUUUCACUGAACUAAAAUUACGUGAUUGACAGACUUUUUCAGAGCCUUUCUAGGUCUGCCAUGCUUUGGGAUCUUUGGGACUUCCCAACAGACAUUCCAAAUAACUUUUCACCAGUGUUUUGCCAAUGUUCUUGAAGAUAAAAUGAGUAUUCUAAUGACAGCACAGUCACCAGCUCCAGAUGAGGUCCCCACGCCCACACAGUGGCAGUUGUGGGUCACAGAAUGAUCCAAAGCACAGGCAUCUGCCCUCAAAACCUCCAGCCCCAUAUGUUUCUGCACCAGCUCCUUGAGCUGGGCCAGUGCCUGCGCCAGCCCCCCUCUCCAUCCACCUAGUGCAGUACACCCCGAGUUCAAUACACCCCAACACUUCCAUCAUUAGCAUCACCUUCUCUAUGUCCACCGAGAACUUGGCCAACAGUUCAUGACUGGUUCCAAGCAAUGGCUGAGACACGUGUUCUUCCACCUGUACUUUAUGCUGCAGCUUCUGAGGGUGUCUCCAUCCUUGGGGGGCUGUCCCUGUGUCACCCGUGUGGUGGCAGUGGCCAACAGCUCCAGGAGGGCCUUCUGGUAGUCAGUGAGGGCAUCCUACAGCAGCAUGGUACGGACCCUUUCCCACUUGUGCAGCCACUUUCUGGUGCAGUCCCGUAAGCUGUCCACCAGGAACGUGGCAUGCUCGUGGAGCUCGCUGCAGAGGAAGAAAUGGCACAGCAGGCAGACAAACAGGCAGUUGUCACUGUCACAUGGUAAUGCCAUGUCACUGUCACGAUGAGGGUCCUACAGGCACAGUUACAGUCUGGUGGCAGUGCAGUGAAUGCCAAACACCACCAGGUACACUGGGUGACAGUUGGCCAUAGCGCCUCCGGGAGAAUUCCUCGAUCAACAGCCCUGCAAACUCCACCUCCGAGUCUUUAUCCAGCACCACGACUAACAAGCAGCCUUUGGAGCACCCAGUGAAUAGCUCCAUCUGAGCAGCCAUGUUCCACAGCACCUAUGGAUCCUGCAGUGCCCGGAUACAGUGUGGCUGCACCUCCACCUGCUUGUCAUACAGGGUCCACCCCAAGUACUUGAGCUGUCCAUCGGUGAGGAAUGAUGCUGGGAAGUGCUGCAUUCACGUCCUCAACUCCUCCAUCAGGCCACCGAGCAGUAAACCACUGUACAGGACACUGCACCACAGGGCCACUGCCAUACACAGCAUCAGGGCUGUAUCUGCAGGGACAGCAGGUACUUGGACAAGUGCUCCUGGAAGAGCUCCGUCAGCCACUGGAUGAUAGCGGUGUUGUCCACCUCCCACAGCAUCACUCUGUCACCAUCCCUUGGCAGCUGCAGGAGUGGAUGAUGAAGGUGAGCAGCUGCAGGAACACGGUGGUGUGGUUGUGCCUGUAGCCCUCCAGCCACUCAUCAGCCACCGUCUGGACAGCCGCCUGCCAUGCAGUGACCACUUGAUUCUAACUGGAUUUCCACAUAUCACAUGGUUUUGAUGUUCAUGCCUUUAUUUCUUGCAGCCAAUUCUUAAGGGAUACUUUUGUCUUAUCUCCAUUACUGAUAUUUGCCAAAUCUGACAAAUCCAGACAUUUGUCAAUACAAGUUUAAUAAAUCAGAGCUUUGGAAGCUGCAAAGUUUAGGGUGAUGAUUUAUAAACUUUGGAAUUAUGAACGUGCAACUUAGUCCAGUGCAGCCACUAAGCUCUUAGACAUAAGGAAAAACUUCUUCUCUCAGAGUGGUGAGGCACUGGAAUGGCUGCCCAGGGAGGUGGUGAAGCUGCUGACCCUGGCAGCAUUCAAGAGGUGUCUGGAUGAGGAGCUACAAGAUCUGGUUUAGUGCUUGUGGUAAUGGGAAGACGGUUGGACUAGAUGAUCUUGUAGGUCCUUUCCAACCUUGUGACUGUAUGAUUUUUGUGCUUGGUCUCAGUUUCCUGUUGACUUGGAGACCUGUUAAUAUCCUUGGUGUCAGUGUUGAAAUGAAAUCUGUAGUUUUGAAAUGAAGUUAGCAUUAGGUACUAACCCCGAUACUUUCCAGUGGUUUCAGCGAUGAAAGAGUUGCUGAGGAGCACAACUUUGACUGCUCGCUUGGUCUUCAUCAUCCAUCUAGGUAAAGCUUUGAAUGGACCCAACAGGAAGGCUGAGUCAGAGUCCACAAGCUGCCUUGAUUUGCACACGUAUAGAGCAAAAGAUUUUAAGAGGACAGAUGAGAAAGCUAAUUACAGCCUUGUUACAGUAAAUUUCAGGUAUUAGAGCACCCUGCUAUUAAAGCACUUUGAAAGGUGCGGCUGAGGUCCAGUAAAACUUCUAAACCAUGCUGGUGGGGUGAUGCUGGAGAGGUCGAGGAAAGAUUCAAUCCAAAGGUUAAGGGAUUAAUUUAUUAAUAUAGGAGGCAACCUAAGAAACAAUUAACUUGCUUUGCGGAGCCCUGUCUGCAGUGCUGGUGUCAGGCAUGUGGCAAAGCACACCCCAACCAGUUCGGUUUACAAAACAAGUGUUCCCCACAAACGUGCAAUGCAGUGUGGUAGCUGGAAAAUAAAAGUUCCUUUCCCUUCUCUGUCUUUGCAUUGGGCUAAUCAGCAUCUCACUUGCGUUACACCCUAGCUGUGAUCUUCCAUAGCUGAAUUAUUCAAGACUGCCUCUAAUUCCAGUAAGAGAUUUAUAACUUUAAAAACACUAUGCCUGUCUGGGGAAAGACCAGAAACAAAAAGCUCUUUCUCACACGAGACAAACCUCCACUGCAGAAGCCUCCUGCUCUGACUCUACAAAGCAGCUGCACAAAAGCACUGUUUUAUCUCAUCUGUUUUCUGUACCAAAUACUUGCACAUUCUGGUUUUCCCUGCUCCAAGUCUUUGCUUAUUUGGCUUUCUUGUCCUCCAGUAACCUCUGCAGAACUGACAUGUUCCCCCUCCUGUUUCAGUCUUCCUCCUCUCUAAUGAGCCUAUAUUCAUCAAUGGCUGCAAGUUUCCUUUGGCUUUGGACUAAUCCAGGUCCAGACAGAAAUAGACAGUGUUGACCUUUGUUGUGCUAUGUCAAAACACUAAAUCCUACUGUAGCUGGAUUAGGUGUCUUUUUUUCCAAGUCUGAGAAAGGAUGUGCAGGGAAGGCAGGUAGAAAAGGAGGCAGCAGUGACUUCAUUUGGUUCUUACUACUGCUUCCUUUAAACGUGGCAGCUCCCAACUCUUGUCCAUUUUGAAGCUGAUGACUUAUGAUGAAGUGCCACCAAAACGGUCUGAUCUUCACAAUGGUGGCAGUUUCAAUUUGCUUUAGCAGUUGUAAAUAAAGCACUGGUUUUAGACUGUUUUUCCUUUGUGCUUUUGCUCAUGUGUUUGCUAGGCUGCAAAUCAAGAUAACAGCAUUCUGUUCUUAAACUGUACAGAACUCAGUCAUGCUUUUCCUGUAAAAAGUGCACUAUAUAUACGCGUGUAUAUAUACACACAUGCUAAAUCCUUAAUAUUAACCUUAAAUUGAAAAGCUGAACAUGAAGAUUCUCGAAUCCAAACUGAAUUGUCCCUGCCACUGCAGGACAAAGCAGGAAUUCGCAUGAAGCUAACUGUUCUUUGAAAUAUUGUUUUCUAGCACCAUCUAAUAGUAGCCCUCUCAAUUGUUACAUUAACACUCUGUGUUACACACAGAGUAACUUCAAAUUUCCUCAAGUGUUAACGCGAUUAACACACUACUUAAAAAUGUACAUCUUCUGGUCAGGGCUGAGUGCCAGUCCAGCUCCCUGCACUGUCCGGCAGAGCUGGCACAGUGAUUGCAGGCUGGCUGAGGCAUGCAGAUGCAGCUCUGAACCUGUCAGCAAAGGCCAACCAGGGAGAAAAGUGUGAAGCAAAUAAAUCCUGCUGUUCUUUUCCCUCCUGUCCUGCACUCAGAAGCCUGUGAUUAUUUCUCUCUCCACAUCAUCUCAAAUGAGUGGCUUGGGAAGGGGGAGGGAAUGUAAUGAGAGACAUUCCCAAGUUUCCUCUCAUUAAACAAGAACAGAAGUGAGAAGCUUUGAAAUGUCAGACCUUCAACUGCUAAAGCUGGGUCACAAAGCAGCAACCACAACUAAGAGCUCUACAAAACAUUCUCUUACCUUGAUUUUCACUUAUCACAUUUUCAGCCUUGUGUCACUAAAAGAUAUGUUUUGUUGCUAGUGGUAACUUCUGUGCAGUGUGCAAUGGUGCACAGGGGGUGCUUGUACAAGUUUGCCAGGAAGAAAUGGAUGUUUGCACGAGGCAGUGGGUGCUCACAUGAGGGGCUGGG